GGCGGUGGGGGAGGGGCGGCGCUGACAGGGCGAUGCCGAGCCGGGCCCGGCCCGCGCCCGCCGCCGCCGCCUGAGCCCUCCCAGCCCUGCCGGGGCAGCCGCGGCCGCCGCCAGCAGCCGUCGUGCCCAGCGAGCGAGAGAGCGAGCGGGCGGGCGGGCGGCAGCUCCUCCCGGGCCGGCGCCGCCAUGGCUGAGCCCACGGCCUCGUCCAACUCCGGCGGCGUGUCCCUGCCGCUCAUUGAAUCAGAGCUCUACUUCCUCAUCGCUCGGUUCCUGACCACCGGGCCCUGCAGGCGAGCGCUGAAGGUGCUGGUGCAGGAGCUGGAGCAGCACCAGUUGCUUCCUAAAAGGUUGGAUUGGCAAGGAAAUGAGCAUUAUAGAAGUUACGAAGAAUUGGUGCUGUCCAACAAACAUGUGUCUCCAGACCAUUUGUUACAAAUAUGCAAACGUAUUGGCCCUAUACUGGAUAAGGAGAUACCACCCAGCAUUUCAAGAGUGAAUUCCUUACUUGGUGCAGGAAGACAGUCAUUGUUACGUACAGCAAAAGAUUGCAGGAACACUGUUUGGAAGGGUUCUGCAUUUGCUGCUCUUCAUAGAGGAAGACCACCUGAAAUUCCUGUUAACUAUGGCGCGCCACCAAACCUUGUGGAAGUGCAUCGAGCGAAACAAUUAACUGGAUAUGCAAAGUUCAGUACUUCAUUUCCAGGAUGUAUGUAUCAGCAUGUCAAGAUGCACAGACGGAUUCUUGGCCAUCUUUCUUCUGUAUACUGUGUUGCGUUCGAUAGGACUGGACAUAGAAUAUUUACUGGCUCAGAUGACUGUUUGGUAAAGAUUUGGUCAACUCAUAAUGGCAGAUUAUUGGCCACAUUACGAGGACAUUCAGCAGAGAUUUCUGAUAUGGCUGUCAAUUAUGAAAACACUAUGAUUGCAGCUGGAAGCUGUGAUAAAAUGAUCCGAGUGUGGUGUCUGAGAACUUGUGCACCAGUUGCAGUCCUCCAUGGACACACAGGGUCCAUUACCUCAUUACAGUUUAGUCCAAUGGUGAAGGGCUCCAUGAGAUAUAUGGUCUCUACUGGUGCAGAUGGAACUGUGUGCUUUUGGCAAUGGGAUACAGAUUCCAUGAAAUUCAACAAUCGGCCAGUGAAAUUCACAGAGAAGCCUAGACCAGGGGUUCAGAUGCUUUGUUCUUCAUUCAGUGUAGGUGGUAUGUUUUUAGCAACUGGCAGCACUGACCAUGUAAUCAGGAUGUAUUUUUUUGGCUCUGAAACACCUGAGAAAAUAGCUGAAUUGGAAAGUCAUGCUGACAAAGUUGAUAGCAUUCAGUUUUCCAACAAUGGUGAUAGGUUCAUAAGUGGCAGUAGAGAUGGAACAGCUAGAAUCUGGCGUUUUGAACAAGCAGAAUGGAGGAGUAUUUUGUUGGAUAUGUCCGAUAGAUUGCCAGGAGAUGCAUGCUCAGAAGAAGACAAAUUUAUGAAGCCUAAAGUCACCAUGAUAGCUUGGAAUCAAAACGAUAACUAUGUUGUUACGGCUGUGAAUAAUCAUCUGCUCAAAGUUUGGAAUUCCUAUACAGGGCAAUUGCUUCAUGACUUGGUGGGGCAUGCGGAUGAAGUAUUUGUCUUGGAGACCCAUCCUUUUGAUUCCAGGAUAAUGCUGUCUGCGGGUCAUGAUGGCAACAUCUUUAUAUGGGACGUUACCAAAGGCACAAAAACAAAGCAUUAUUUUAAUAUGAUUGAAGGCCAAGGACAUGGUGCUGUUUUUGACUGUAAGUUUUCACCGGAUGGGCAGCAUUUUGCAUGUACAGAUUCUCAUGGGCACCUUUUGAUAUUUGGUUUUGGCUGUAGCAGGCCUUAUGAAAAGAUUCCUGAUCAGAUGUUCUUCCACACUGAUUACCGGCCACUUAUUCGAGACUCUAACAAUUACGUCCUAGAUGAGCAGACUCAACAGGCUCCUCAUCUCAUGCCCCCUCCCUUCUUAGUAGAUGUGGAUGGAAACCCUCAUCCAACAAAAUAUCAAAGAUUGGUGCCAGGAAGAGAGAAUUGUGCAGAUGAACAUUUGAUUCCUCAACUUGGAUAUGUUGCAACAAGUGAUGGAGAAGUGGUUGAACAAGUUAUAGGCCAACAGACAAUUGACCAGGAUGAACAAGGCUUGGAGCCAAGCAUUCUCGAUGGCAUGAUUAGACAGUUACAACUACAACAAGAUCAAAGAAUUGGAGCUGAUCAAGAAUCUGCUUCAAGUGGCCCACAAAAUGGGGAAGGAACACCUAGAAGAGCUUUUAGAAGACCAAGUUUAGACAUCCAGUCUCCUCCCAAUAUUGGUCUGCGACGUAGUGGACAAGUUGAAGGUGUGCGACAGAUGCAUCAAAACGCUCCACGAAGUCAGAUGGCUACUGAGCGAGACCUUCAGGCUUGGAGACGAAGAGUUGUUGUACCAGAAAUACCACCAAGCUUACUCAGGAAGCAGGAAGAGUAUCAAAUAGCAAAAGGGGAAGAAGAGAGAGAUCUUUAUGCAACAGAGAAGAAAAAGUCAUUCGAGUCAUUGGAAAAGAGUGACUCUGAGUCUUCAUUAAUACAAUCAAAGCGUAGACUGCAUAGGCGCAAAUAUGCCAGUUACCGAACUCGGAAUAACAUUGAACAACUGGAUUCUUCUGAUGAGGAAAGAGAGAACUGCUUUGGCUUGAUAGAGCAGGAAGCUGAAGAAAGUGAGGGCUCUGGCUCAUCUGAGGAAGAGGAAGAGUGGAGAAGUGACAAGAAAAGCAACAGUAACAGUUCAAGUGAUUCUUCAAGUAGGUACUCUGACUGGAUUGCUGACGCAGGAAUUAACCUACAACCUCCUGUACGGACUUCUCGACGGAAAGUUAUCAGAUAUUGCAGUACUUCAGAAGAUGAAGUAUCAGCAGAGAUAUCAGCUCCUCCAAAGAGAAGAAGAAGAAAAAGGAGAAAAAAGCCCAAACCAAGAAAGCAGGAGGAGGCUAAUGCUGCAACACAACCUGUAAACUUGGAAUUGUCCUAUGAUUGGCAUCCUCCCAUUUGGAUAACAGACACAGCUCUUCGAAGAUCCCCUUUUGUUCCUCAGAUGGGCGAUGAGGUGAUAUAUUUUAGACAAGGACAUGAAGCUUACAUUGAAGCGGUCAGAAGAAAUAACAUUUACAAACUGAAUCCCCACAAGGAGCCAUGGAGAAAAGUAGUCCUUAGGGAUCAGGAAUUAGUAAAAAUUGUUGGAAUUAGAUAUGAAGUUGGUCCUCCCACGUUGUGUUGCCUAAAGCUUGCUUUUAUAGAUCAUGCCACUGGAAAACAUACAGACAAAUCAUUUUCUAUCAGAUACCAUGAUAUGCCAGAUGUUAUCGACUUCCUUAUAUUACGUCAGUUCUAUGAAGAAGCACGGCAAAGGAACUGGCAAGCUUCUGAUAGGUUCCGAUCCAUUAUUGAUGACGCAUGGUGGUUUGGAACAGUGUUGGGUCAAGAACCUUAUCAGCCUCAAUAUCCAGAUAGUCACUUUCAGUGUUACAGUGUUAAAUGGGACAAUGGUGAAAUUGAAAAGCUUAGCCCGUGGGACAUGGAACCAGUUCCUGAUAAUGUUGACCAGCCUGAAGAAUUAGGAGCUAGUGUUUCUGUGACUUUUGAAGAGGUGGAGAGGCUACUCUACAAACCUGAAGAAGGGGAGUGGGGGAUGAAAUCUCGUGAUGAAGCAUGUGAACGGAUUAUCAGUGGCAUUGAUCAGCUUCUGACUCUUGACAUUUCAGCAGCUUUUGCUGGUCCAGUUGACCUGUGUACGUAUCCCAAGUACUGUACCGUGAUUGCUUAUCCGACAGACCUCAACACUAUUCGGACAAGACUGGCUAACCGAUUUUACAGGAGAAUCUCGGCAUUGGUUUGGGAAGUAAGAUACCUUGAAAGCAAUGCUAGGACCUUCAAUGAACCUGGGAGUGCUAUUGCUAGAGCUGCAAAAAAGAUCACUACCCAGCUCUUGAAGUUUAUCAAUGAUCAGGACUGUACAAACAUUUUUGAAUUAUGUAGCACAACUGAUGAUGAACAAGAUGGUCUUGAUGCUGAUCUGGAUGAUGAAAAAUGUCUUCCGAGAACAUCAUACAGAAGAAGGAAAGGGCGGGGCUUAAAAAAAGGCAAAAGCAUGAAAACUGGCUAUGAUGAAAACUCGUGGAAGAAGCAGUGUAUGGAACUGGUGAAUUUAAUUUUCCAGUGUGAAGAUUCUGAGCCUUUCAGGCAGCCAGUUGAUUUGGAUCAAUAUCCUGAUUACAGACAUAUUAUAGACACUCCAAUGGACUUUGGUACAGUGAAGGAAACUCUAGAAGCUGGAAAUUACGACACUCCAAUGGAACUGUGCAAAGAUAUAAGACUAAUAUUUAGUAAUGCAAAGUCUUAUACUCCAAACAAGAAGUCAAAGAUUUAUAGUAUGACCUUGAGAUUGUCAGCCUUAUUUGAAGAGAAAAUAAGAAGAAUUGUUUCAGAUUUCAAAAAUGGUCAGAAACAGAAUGAAAAACUGCGAAGAAAUCGGAGGUACACUAGAAGAUUUCAUAAUCAAAGCUCAGUGCAGCAUCCUACCAAAAUGCUCAGAAAUUUGAAGCAGAAACCAUUGAAGUCUCAGCCAAAAAUUGAAUCUGAGCAUGAAGAUUCUUUUACUCAACCUACCUCAAGCAGAGCUGCCUGUGUUGCAAGCCAUAAAAUGAAUUCUAGCAAUUACAACCAUAGUUCCUCUGGUGAAUCCUCAGAUUCUGCAUGUCUGGCAUCCUUUGAAAGGAAUGGAAAAGCUAGAUCCACAACACUAACAAAUUGUUCUGCAUUAUCAUCAGCAGAAAGUGAAAUAGAAGGUUCUUUGGUUUCUUCAUCUACUUCAUCCUCUACUAGUAGCUCAGAAGACAGUAAAGAAAGCUCUGUGCCUCUUUUGUCGCCUACACUGCACAAUGGUGUGUGUAGAAGAAAGAACAGCAAUCAAAGGAUAACUAGAAAUCGAGCUGCUCAGAGAAAACAAAUAGGAACACUUUCUCAGGAGAAUGGGAAUACAAGAAAAACUGUCAGGAAAAAGUUAUAUGGAAGUGACUCUGAAAAUACUUCAGUGGUAACAUCUGAGUUGCUCAGUAAGAGUGCUGGUAGACAUAGAAAAACUCCACGCAGAAGUGCUGCUGUGGCUGCUAAUAAAUUAAGGCUAAUGAGUGAUGUGGAGGAAGAGGUUUCAAGCUCAGAAAGUAUUGGCAUUGGAUGCAAGAAUAGAAAACUGCCUCAUCGAAAUGCCUCAGCUGCAGCCAGGCGAAUGUUUCUGGAGGGGUCUGAGGAUGAUGUAGGCUUAAAGUCUGAAAGUGAAAAAGAAAUAGAAGAGCAGCUUACCAAGAGGAAAAUUCUUUCUCAACCUAGUUCAUCUGCCGCACGAAGAAAAUUUGUUAGUGAAUCUGAAAAUGGAACUUCAGAUUCUGAGACAGACACCCAGAUAAAGCAAAAAAACUUGCAAAGCAACGGUCAUAAGCAGUUGUGUGUGAUGGUCCACUCUGUCUCUCCCAAAAUUAAAAGUCCCAUCCUAGACUUUUCAGAGGAGGAUUCCAAAAGCCAUAAUUCAGAGGAUGGGAGCAGUCAAAAAGUUUCUGACCAGUCAACAUCUGUACAUAAUAAGCCUGCAGUGAGCAACUCUGAGAAUGAAAUGGAUUCUGAAUUGGACAGAUGGAAUGGCAGAAAAGCAACUGGUCUGCAGCUUGCUGCUCCUUUAAAAAAAGCUAAAGUCUUGAGUGAUUUAGAGGAUACAGCAGAAUCUGAAACAGGAGAUAAAGAGGAUGGGAGAAGUUUUUUCUCAGAGAGCUUGGUGCCAACUAGAAUUGCAAGGAGUUCAAAAUCUGGACCUCGUGCCAGCAUCAAUGACUCUUCCGAUACAGAAUCUGAGACAAAUUCCAAUAACCGUAAUUACUGUGAAAUUUCUUCAAGAACAAAAAAGAGGAAGAGAAGAGGAAAAACAAAAAUUGUUAGAAAAGAAUCAGCAUCUGAGGAGACUGGACAAAAUGCAAAAGUGCUCAGGAGCAGGACAUGUAUCAUUAACUACAAGAAACACAUAAAGCUGUCUAAUGUGACUGAGAAGAAAAACCCACGCAGAUGUGCCACUUUGGCAGCUAAUAAGAUUAAGAUAAUGAGCGAUACAAAGGAGGAAUUAUCAAGCUCAGAAAGCGUUCCCACAGUAAAAAAGAACAGAAGGCAACCUCAUGGCAACAUGUCUGCAGCAUCCAGGAAGAAACUGAUCAGCAACUCAGAGACAGAUACUUGCUUAAAGUCUGAAAAUGAGAGAGAACAGCUUUCUGGCAGAAAAACACUUUCCUGCCCCGAAUCAUCUGCUCCUAAAAGAAAAUACAUUAGCGAGUCUGAGAAUGAAAAAACAGAAUCUGAGGCAGAGACAAAAGUGACUCAAAAGCAGAAUGAUGGUAGCCACAAGCAGGCGCACAAAAAAGUGUGUGCUGCAACUUUUAAAAAUCUCAAAUACAACUCUUCAGAGGAGACUUCCACAAACCACAACAUGGAAAACGGGAAAAACUGGGGAAGUUCUAGUCAGUCAGCUUCAGCCCACAACCAUUGUACAAGCAACUCUGAAGAGGAGAUAGAUUCUGACUUGGCUAAACAUGAAACUAAAAAUACCAGAGAAGUACCAAAUAAAAAAUCUAGAGCUUCUUUCAAAAGAUCCAAAAUACUGGAUGACUUCAAUGAAACAGCAGAAUCUGAAACAGGGGGAAAGAAAGAUGAAAAAAGCUCAGUAUCAGAAAAUAUGGAAGCCCCUGGGACUGCAGGAAGUUCAAAAGCCAGUUUCAAUUGUUUUUCUGAUUCAGACUCUGGAACUGAUAACAGUAUCUAUAGUGAUGCCACAGGAACAAGAAAGAGGAAAAGGAAAACAGAAAUUUUGAGAAAAGAAAUUACCAAUUCCAACUCACGUAAGCCUUCCAGAAGACCCCAGCGAAGGAAACGUUGGAAACUGAACCAAGAAAAUGACUCUGAAGAUUUGGAUUACACCAAAUACAGAAGAGCUAAUCGGCGUUCUAAGAUAAGAACUCGGAACUGCGGUAGACGGACUGUGAGAUACGAUGACGGUGACGACGAUGACGAGAGAGGUUUAGAUGAUGUAGAAUGCAAAACGUAACCUUAAAAGGAAAAGCCAGCCCACUUUUUUUUUUUUUUUUAAUGGUAAUAGCACUAGAACUCAUGAUGGAUGCUGGCUCUUCUUUGUCCUACAUUUCAGGGAAUAUAUUUAUAUUUUUCUAUGAAAAAGUUAUGAAUGUGAUUAGAUGAUGACUUUCUCCUUUUCAUAUUUUGACUUGCACUUGCCUGCCCAUGUAGCAGCAUUUAGCACAGAUGCCAAAAUGUGCCUCAUUAUAGGGGCAAUUUUUUGUCUUUACUGGUAUUUUAUUACAUAUAACAAGAGUUAAAAAAUGUUAAAACACUGCGCAACAGGUUAAUAGCAGUAUGUUGAGUAUUAUUGUUAUGGGUGCUGCAAUGGAAUACUACCUAGGUCAUACAACAUUCAAAAACAGAUUUCAAACAUCUCUAAUGCUGUAUGAAAUCAUAUACAAUAAUAACAGGCUUAUAACUAAUAUUGUACACUAUAAAAAUCUGGCAGAUGCUAGCAUUGCAUCAAAAAAGUAAUGAAUGGUCACUAGGUGAAUAACUCUUCAACUUGUAUUAGUGCAGAGUUAAACCUUCUGUACUUCCAUUAUUGAUAACAUGCAACUAGAACCAGUUACCAGUGAAAAAGUGUGUUUGCCAAUUAAAAAGGCAUAGUGGUGCUGGUGAAGAGAGCAUUUAUGCUGACUGGUAGUACUAUCAUCAUUAAUGUGACUUCUAUACUGUAAACUUAAGAAUAUGAAAUGCAGGUGAACUCUUGGGCCUAAGGGUUUUUGUGUGUUUUCUUUAUAAAAUAGAAAAACAAACAAAACACUUGUUCUGUUUUCUUUAUGCGUGAAAAGCUUGAGGUGCAGGAUUCUUACAUUCCAGACCUUUUUGCUACAUUUCUGUUGUUCUUCCGUAUUUAAACUUUAAAGUGUGCUUUAAUGUUACACUUCACAUUGAUUAAACCUUAUCAGUUUCUCA